UGUAAAUCAUACCGGGAGUCUGCUUUCGAAUGGUUAAAAGAUAACAAAGACAAAUGGCCAGAAGUGAUGUCUGAAAACAUGUACCCACAGAAUGUUGAUUACGCAGCAGAGAUGACUGGAGGAUGUUCUGGUUUCGCAUCUAACGUUCUCAAUUGGCCUGAAGAUAUGAUACUUGGAAAUCCAAGACGUGCCAAGAAGGGAGGAAAACUAUCAGGAGCUGAUGCUCUACAAUUCGUUUUUCUUGUUGCAAGCCCCGCCGAUGUUUUCUUGAGAUUCAAGCAGAGCCUGGAAGAAACUCUGGAAACUCUCUCUCUCUAUGAAGAACAUUGCAUCCACUUGCAUCGACAUCCAUUGCUGAUAUGCUCGAGGAAUUCUGUCAAUUCAACUAUACCAUCAUCCUUGCUGGAUAUGCUCUCAUGCUGGCAUAUGCUAUUGUUACUAAUUCUCGAUUUGACAACUGCCUUCCGGCUACAGAAUCAUCAAUGGGGGUUCGCCCUUGCAGGAGUUCUUGUCGUCACAUUCGCUUCAGUGGCAGGUAUUGGUCUCGCCACUUGGUUUGGAAUAGAAUUCAACGCUGCUACAACACAAAUUGUACCAUUCCUCACUCUUGGAAUCGGUGUUGAUAAUAUGUUCAUGUUAUUGCACAACUAUCGUGACGUUGUUAAACUUGCUGGCGGACACGCUGAGAUGGCUAUCCUGAUGCGUGAAACUGGAAUGUCAAUUCUGUGCACUUCGAUCAACAACAUUCUUUCCUUCCUCACUGGAACUCUUCUACCAAUUCCAGCUCUGCGAUCAUUCUGUGCUCAGUCCAGUAUUCUUCUCACAUUCAAUUUCAUAGCUAUCCUUACAAUCUAUCCAGCGAUCAUUUCUAUUGAUCUUCGACGAAAGAAGGCUCAGCGUCGUGAUUUCGACACUAGAGAAGAAUCGUACUCGAUGAUUUCUAAACCAAAGAUUCAAAGUAAACGAAUUAUUGGAGCACUUCGGAAGCUUCGAUUAUGCAACAGUUCGACGGAAUAACUCAAGCGCAGAUGGCAUCGAGCGAUGAUCCAGCUCCAUGGUCUCUUCAUUCAUUCAUCCGUUACUACUACAUUCCAUUCAUUUCUAAACCAGCAUCUAAAGUAGCAAUCAUCGUUGGCUGCUGUGCUUUGCUCGGUGCAUCAUUUGUUGGAAUGCGUCAGUCGACACUCGGUCUUGAAUUGGGAGAUGUUCUACCAGAACAUACUGCACCUGCACAGUUCUUGAGAGCCAGAGACAAGUACUUCAGUUUCUACCCAAUGUUCGCAGUCAUCAAGGGACCUAACAUUGAUUAUGCUCACCAGCAACGCCAGAUUGACAAUUACCGACAGUCGAUUGGAUCUUCAAAAUAUGUGAUUAAAAAUAAAAACGAAGAGCCAUCAGAAAAGUAUUGGCUGGGAUUAAUGCGAGACUGGCUCAUUAGUAUUCAACGCGGAUUCGAUGAAGAAGUUGCUAAAGGAUCAUUCAAUCUUACAUCUGGAACAGUUAUUGGCAGCAAUGUUUCCGAGGAUGCUCGUCUUGCUCACGCUCUCAUGUGCUCUCAUGGUUCUCUAUUUGAGUGUGCUGGAAGAAUAGGAAAGAUUCGACUAGUUGAUGCAAGUGGAAUUAUCAACUCUGAUGGAUUCUACAACUUUCUUCCCAACACCACCAAAAUGGGAAUUGAGCAAGAAUAAUACCGAAAACUUCAUCCCAACUGCUGAGCCACUUGCAUAUUCGCAGAUUCCAUUCUACUUAACUGGCCUCACGGAUACUGCUGUGAUUGUCGAUGCCAUAAAGGACAUCCGAAGUGUUUGUGAACGAUUUACCGAUCAAGGACUUCCAAAUUUCCCACAAGGAAUCGCAUUCACAUUCUGGGAACAAUAUCUUUUCUUGACUGGAAAUCUUAUGCAAGCCAUUUCGAUCAUUACCAUCUCUGUCUUCUGUGUCAUUUCCGUUCUUCUUUUUAAUCCAUGGGCUGCACUUAUGGUUGUUUGUAUUCUCGGAAUCAUGACUUGCGAACUUGCCGGAUUCAUGGGACUCGUUGGAAUUAAGCUCAAUCCGGUUUCAGCCGUAACUUUGAUCACCGCAGUUGGAAUUGGAGUCGAAUUCACUGUUCAUGUGGUUGUCUCAUUCCUGACGGCGCUCGGAACAAGAUCUCAACGAACGUCAUCUGCAGUUGAUCGAGUUUUUGUUCCAGUAAUUCAUGGAUCAUUCUCCACACUUCUCGGUAUUUUGAUGCUUGGAUUCUCAGUUUGAAUUUGUUGUCAAAUAUUUCUCUAUUGUCAUGACGGCUCUGAUUUGCAUUGGAACGGACUAAUUCUUCUCCCAGUUUUAUAAUCUUGUUUUGUUCCAAGAAGAGAGAUAA